CUCGGAUCAUUGCUUCAUUCGUUGCGAACGAUUUUCGAGUCACACAUCAACGUUCGGUUCGCGUGAAAUCUUUCCUCCUCGGUUUAUUCAUUAUUUUUCAAAGAUAUUAAAAAAAAUUCUAGUUAAAAAUGGUGCAAGUUGUGGGAAAAUACGAGCACGUUAAGAGCGAAGGUCUCGAAGAAUACUUGAAGACGGUCGGUGGUGCUGCUCAAGCCGAAGCUGCCAAGGCUUUUGCUCAGAGCAAACCGACCCUUGAGGUCGUCGAAAAGGGUGAUGAAUUCGUCAUCACAGUCACGAACGAAGGUAAAACUUCCAGCACGACCUUCAAACUUGGAGUUCCUUAUGACGAGACGAUGCCCCACGGUGCAGUGCUCAAGAGCGUGACGACUCGUGAUGGUGACAAAUUCACGACCGAAACCGACUUGCCCGAUGGCAACAAAUCCGUUCGCGUGUACGAGUUCACCGACGCCGGUAUAACUGUGCACUUGUCCGACAAAAAAGUGGGUGUCAAGGCUGUUCGUCACUACACCAGAGUCUAAGAAAAUCAUCUAAAGAGACAAAAUCCGAUGAUUUUUUUCUUACUUUUUUUCUACGCACAUAACGAAUAAAGGCUUUUUUGAAACAA